GUCCAGGGAAAGCUUCAAAUCAAAUAUAGACCAAAUAUUCUUACACGCAAUUGUUUGUCGGUGUUUAGCAGAACCCUUGCUUUAACACCAGGGACGUUAAUUGCAAAGAACAAGUACACCAACUACGAUGACUCGAGGAAACCAACGAGAGAUGGAUCGGGCGAAGGCUGCCAAGAAGCAGGCUGUCGCGAAUAAAUCCAAAGCCAAAGAAAGUAAUACAUCGCUGGCAAAGCGCAAAGAGGCUGACGCAGAAAUUUUAAGAGCGAAGCAGAAGAAACGAGACGAAGAGAAGGCUGCAGAAGCAAACGGAGCAAAAUCGAAUAAAUAACACGAGCCUAUGGUCAGGACUCCUUAGAUUCUGACCAUGGUCUCCGAUUGUUAUCAGUUGGAACUUGGAGACUUUUGGUGGGAGCAUCUAUCUGUUGAUAUCCUCCUCGACACUGUUGCCUUACUUGCAUAGCUUUUUGAUAUUGCAUUAUUUUCAUCGUAUCAUCCAUGCGCCGGGCUGCGACACUUAUGCGAUGGGUACAUUGAUUUUGGACUCAGAUAUAUCAAAUCUCAACUAUGUACUUGCGUGCAGCUCUUAGUAUCCAAUCAGAAACGAUGAAAAUCCAAUGCAUCAGAAUCAGGAGCUCCAUC